CGUAGUUCAGUAUCGUGUGAACUGUUGUAGGCGUCGAAUCGCGCGGCCGGCGUGGCGUAUACGUGAUAAUUCGAUAAUCUAAGCUAAGCUCUCUCUCUAGUAGUUUACCCGCACUAUUAUCCUGCGUGGCACUAUGAUUUCUCACUCUUCCACAUAUACAAAACUAGCCAUUUUAUUGCUAUAUCUAUUACAAACGAUCCACUGUCGGCCACAAGACACGGAGGCAAACGGCUCCCCGAUUAAUCCACUGCGUAAUGGUCGUUACAUACCAGAGUUGCAUGGCGCUGACCGUGGCAAAUAUAUACCCGACGAAAGCGGUAAAUAUCAUCAUGUUAAAGUGCCCUAUAACGGUGGCUAUGGAGAUCGUGGCCAAAUGUAUGUUCACGAUGCUCGUGGGCUGCCGCUACAUCAAUUCGGCACGCUCAAUGGCUUCCAACUGGGACCGAAGGAUCAUUUGCGCUUCUCUGUGGAUUUCAAUUUCGACGGCAGUGGUUGGCAAAUCGUGCAGUUCGAGUGGAUAAACGACGAUGACGUCAAAAAACAUUACGACUACAAGUAUGAAAAUCAACUAUGGCCAUCGGAUUAUGAUGUGAAUGCUGAUGUGAAUGCUGAUGCGAAUGCUGAUGUGGAAGCGACUGCGACAGAGAAGCCAGAGGAAGGAGAUACGACUAAUGUGCACGUCUCGGGCGAGUACCAAGAUGAUAUCUAUAAUGUGAAAUAUACGAAUGACAAUGAGCUAAAUGCUCCGAGUCAAUUCAACAUUCAAGCGACUAUAAGUGAUGUACUCGAUUACGUUCAGACAAAUGUGUUACCAACACUAACGUAAAAGGCGACGAUUACUAUGGUCCAAGAAAUACUAUUUUUCUACUACUAAUUUUAUAUCACUCUGGUAAUAUACUAUGACUAAUAUCUUGACCGUGAAAAACUGGUACACAAAAUAUUUCAUUGACAAUAACAACACGUAAUUGUUUAAAGCUUUUCAUCGUUAUCAUCGAGCUACUUUACUUUUCUUCAAUUGGAUAGUCGAUUUGGAGACUUUCUAUGUGAACAAACAUCAUUUAUUGUUAUUGUAAACGAACCUUCUGACAUAAUUUCUGAACAAAAAACCAUUUAGAACAACUAUAAUGCUUCCAAAACUUUAUUGCCUCUGGAAAAUGUUCAUCUGAAAGUUUCUGCUCUAAAUUUUUUGUAUUAUUUGUAUU